GCAGUUCCCCGGCUGCCUCGCCCGCUCUCGCCGCUCGCCUGCCUGCCUGCCUGCCGGGUUCACGCCCAGCUCGGGGGGCACCGGGCAGAGGCCGACGCAGCCCGCCGAAGUACGAAGGUCUCCCUUACAAGUGGAAUGCUGAAAGUGAACAAGAGCUCUUUUAUUCCAGAAUCCUGUUUCAGAAAGCAACUUAUCUCUGGGGAAAAGUUAGAAGCUUCAUCCUCCUUGUUCUACAUCGCAAGGGAGGCGCCACCUGCGGAUAAACGUCUGCCACCAUGACGACUUCAUAUCUGAAAGAGUUAGAGAAGUAUCGAGACAUCGAUGAAGACAAAAUCUUGAAGGAACUGUCUCCGGAGGAGUUGGAUCAGCUAGACCUGGAGCUGCAGGAAAUGGAUCCUGAAAAUGUGAUGCUUCCGGCGGGGUACCGGCAACGAGACCAGACCAAGAAGAGCCCCACAGGGCCUCUGGAUCGAGACGCCCUCAUGCAACACCUGGAGAAGCAGGCACUGGAAGUGAAGGAGCGGGAAGACCUUGUGCCCUUCACUGGAGAGAAGAAAGGAAAACCUUUUGUUCCGAAGAAUCCCAAGAGAGAAAUCCCGAAAGAGGAGCAGAUCACCUUGGAACCUGAACUGGAAGAGGCCUUAGCAAACGCCACCGACGCAGAGAUGUGCGACCUUGCAGCUAUCCUGGGCAUGUACACCCUCAUGAGCAACAAACAGUAUUACGAUGCCAUCUGCAGCGGCAACAUCACAAACACGGAAGGCAUAAACAGUGUCGUACAGCCUGAUAAAUACAAGCCAGUCCCAGAUGAGCCCCCCAACCCCACCAAUGUGGAGGAGACCUUGGCGAAAAUCCAGAGCAACAACAAGGAUCUCGAGGAGGUGAACCUUAAUAACAUUAAGGACAUUCCGAUUCAGACGCUGAAAGAAAUUUGCGAAGCCAUGAAAAGCAACACCCAAGUGAAGAAGCUUAGCCUGGUGGCGACCCGGAGUAAUGACCCAGUGGCGCACGCUGUGGCGGAGAUGCUAAAGGAGAACAAGACCCUCCAGAGCCUCAAUAUUGAAUCCAACUUCAUCACCAGCGCUGGGAUGAUGGAAGUAAUUAAAGCCAUGAAGGCAAACACCACGCUGACGGAACUCAAGGUGGACAACCAGUGCCAGCGAUUGGGAGACUCGGUGGAGAUGGAGAUGGCCACCAUGUUGGAAAACUGCCCCUCCAUAAUCCGCUUUGGGUAUCACUUCACACAGCAAGGACCAAGAGCCAGAGCCUCCAUCGCGAUAACCAAGAACAACGAAUUGCGCCGCAAGCAGAAGAAAACAUAAUGACCCACACCGCCAGAGAAUCCAGUGCCCUUAAGUUUCCCCCUGUGCCUCUAAACAACCCUUGAAGCUCCGUCUGUCUCUCAGAGGCAGAGCUUGUCAACAGCCAGAGUCUUUGUCUUAUUUUAAGAAAAGAAUCCUUGGAGAGAUCUCCCCUGCUGUUCCCCUUCACCUCGGUGACUGAUGCCGUACCCCUUUCUUGCAAUCUCAGGUUCUGUCUUCCUCCGAAUCCGUGUGCCCCGUCUUUUGAUUACCUCUGUAAAUAAAAGAGAUCUCAGAGAGAGUCCCCCCCCCACUUCUGAACUGCCUUUGUUCUUGGCUGUGGACCAAAGGCAGUUGUACUCUUCAUAUCUCUCCUGAAUGAGCUAUCGUUAUUAAAUGAUUCGGCACUAACUCGCUGAUCAAACGCUG